AUGAAGGACUUUGUCUUUUCUUCUAAACCUUUAGAAACCAGAUUUAACAAACAACAUUCAGUCAUGGACGAUAUACCUCGGCUGAGACGUAACAUUCAAAGCUUUGACUUCCAUCACUGUAGUCUAGGAUCCCAGGGGUUUAAUCGAGUGCUCCUUCAGCUUUUUGGGUUUGCAGGUCAUGGAAAGUCCUCCUUUAUAAACAGCUGUAAGUAUGUCUGGGAUGAUGGAGAGUUUUGGAACAUAGCAAAGGCUGGAAGAGAUGACGGUGCUCGGACCACGGAAAGAAUAUCAUAUGAACUGACAAAAACCAUCACUCUGGUGGACAAUCGUGGCUGUUUCAAAAUGGAUGAUUACGAGAAGGGAGAAAUCUUUGCUCAACUUGGUAAGUGUCAGUAAUCAUGGAGAUUUAGUUUAGGUGAUACAUAGAGGAUGCAAGGAGGUAAAUGAUCUCCUAUUGAGUGUAUUGAGAUGUCUGUUAGCACAGUAAUAGAGGAGUGGGGCAGCAGGCAGGGAUUGUACAGGACUGUGAUGGAUGGCCUGAUCCCACAAGCUCACUGCACCAUUUUUGUGACUGUUUUCCAUGUAAAUAGGUAUUUCUGUAUUACAGGCGGCUCUGUAUUGUGUACCUGUAUUAUAAAUAAAGCAGUAUGUGUGUCUGUAUAUGCAGCUGUGGGUCAACAGAGGGGCAGGACAACAGGUGAAAAUGUAUUUUGUGGGCUAACCAAGUUAAAUGCUGCACUGUGAGUGACCACCUGCUGUGGGAGCCAGUAAGUCUAUCUACUACAGCAACGGGACAGUGUGUCCAAUCAAGAUAACCUUUUGUUUGUGUAUUGGCAGAAGAGGGGGGCUGGGGAGGAGGGGGGUGUUAGGGGUUAGAGGGAGUGGACUAGUGUAAGGAAUCACUUUGUAUCCAGUUAUUUCCUGUGUGUUCUAUUUGCCCUGUUCUGUAUUCCCAUUGGUGAAAGUUUAAUUUACUGUAUGUUGUGAUCUAGCUGGAGCUGUGUACAAUAAACUGAGUCUGAGUUCUAGGUGAUCCAAGGAAGAAGCUGGUUUGUCUCUGCCUUGAGGUCUCCCAAGAUAUGGCUAUUCAUUGUCCUCUAUAGAGUAAUUACUAAUAAGAGUAUUGUCAGAAGACUGGAUGGAUAGAAUAUCAUAUAGUAACCAGAUAUCAGCUCAGUAUGUCCUGCGUCCCCUACCAAAGAGGAGUCCUAGCAUUUAGUGGAGCAGUUUAGUGCUGAGAGUUAUGUAAAAAGAAACCCAUGGACGAUAUAUUAAGGUCGUAUCAUCACACGGACCUGUGCUAGCCAGCCCCCUAGAUUUGUGUUUGGGUUGUGUCUCCUGAUCUCAAUACUCACCAUGGCAGGACUGGCCCCCUGGGAUCCCGUGACCUGGGUUCAGUGAGUUUCACAUGAAGGAAAGGGCAUUUAUUUAUCCUUAACCUUCUGGCCUAAAGUUUCCAGCCCUCCUCUGGACAUCAGGAUCUCUCUGUCUGUGUGAUAGACUUUACCUGGCCACAGCCAAUCUUCCAAAGGGUUGUACAUUGCUGAGAACAGACAAUUCAGUACAAUUCCUGAUCUGUUCUCUGUCAUUUUUUGAAUAAUGAGAUAUAUUCACAAAAAGUGCAGUUUCCUUGUCAAUACUAUGCUAUUCUAUCAUCCUCACUGUUUGUGCUUCCUGCCCCCAGGAGUGGGCUAUGGGUGGGAGCUCUAAUAUGAUAAAAGCUGGGGGACAUGUGCAUCCCCACAACCUUGGGCUCUAUCAGGGUACCGACUGAUUAUGCAAAUUUUAGACAUUUUAAUAUAGUCAAAUAUAGCAUAAAUGCAAACUUGCACCUUUGGGUGCCUUCAAGCCCAGAUUUGAAUAAUUUCACGUUUGUGCCUAAAUCGUAUGUAUGUAAUAGAAAUCAGACAUAUUGUGCAGUGUAUGAGAAUGGAAAUGGACUUGGGACACCACACCUACCACAUUCACAUUUCACAGAGCCACACACUUGGCUCUAGGCAUCAGUGUAUCAAUGUAUUGCGAAACCACAUUAGAACCUCACCAGAUCAACAAUUUAAAUUUAUUAAAACAAUAAACUGUGUAAAAAACAAUACCAGAAUAUUGACCUCUAAUCUCUAGCCCAUCUCUCACAUGGAACAAAUGUCAUUGGGCUUCAAAAUGCGCAUGGAAUUAAAUAGGCUUGCUGAAGUGUUUAUGGCUCAAGAACCGCGUCUGUCCAGCGUUUCACCUUGAAAUGCUGCCAAUCAAAAAAUUACUAUAUUCUAUUAAUUAAUUAUUAAUUAUGCUAUGUUUGUUUUAUCUGGCAGCUAAUUUACUUCCAGUGGAUGAUCCUGUUGAAUGGACAAAGGGAUUGGGACUUAUGGACCAGAUAUUUGAGGCAGAAUAUCGAAUAAAUACCUCUGACUUUAUCGUACCUAUAUUUAUCUACAGGUAAAUUAAUGACAUGCUUCACCACAAGUAGAAAAACUAUUGAUUAAUGAGGGUGCAUUAUGUCUUCUUUCCAAUGCUAGAUAUGUGUUGGUAAAAGGUAAAAAAUAAGUAACUAAAUGCAGUACAGACAGGAAAAAAGUCAUAUGGCCAGAAUUCAGAAAAAAAGGAUUGGGGAGAGAAAACAUGGAGAAGGAGUGAAACUCAUUAAGGGAAAUAGGAGCUAGAGGUGAGAACAGAGGACAUGAGCAGGUCUUUGCAGAGCGAAUGGGGCAGAUGGAAUAUAUAUAUAUUUAGUUGUGAGGAUGUGGGGGGGAUUGAUGGGAACUUUAAUGUGUUAAUACUAUAGUAUGGCGGUGUAGCCAACUCUGAUGUUAUUACAUUACAUGAUAUCGUUUAUUAAUAAUCAAGUUGUAAAAAAAAAAUGAAGGCAUGAUUGCCUUUAUAACAGUCAGUCUUGUGUUUCCUGUUUAGUGUGACGAAAUCCAUAGCAUCUGCUGAGAUAAAUGGACUACGAGAGUUGCUCACAGUGGCCAGAGAUCUGACAGGUAAACCUCCGUUUCCAAAACAAGUAUGUAAAGUAUUGUAAGCACACACUACCAACAUAGUAUUCUCUUAUUUAAGACGAAGAUAGAAGAAAAAGAAGAAAACAUUUUCCAUAAAUAUUCACCAGCAUGAGUCAAAAUGUUUUGGUCUACCUUUGAGUGUAAUGAAAGUUGGGAGUUUUUUAGGUAAUUCUUAUAUUUUUCUUUGUGUAUGUAUGAGUGUGUGUACGUAUGUAUGAGUAUGUGUGUGUAUGAGUGUGCGUGUAUGUAUGUGUGUGUAUGAGUGUGUGUGUGUGUGCAUGUUUGUGUGUGUUCAUGUAUGAGUGUGUGUGUGUGUAUGAUUGUGUGUGUGUGUAUGUAUGUGUGUGUAUAUGAGUGUGCGUGUGUGCAUUUGUGUGUGCAUUUGUGUGUGCAUGUAUGAGUGUGUGUGUGUGUGUCUGAGUGUGUGUGUAUGUAUGUGUAUGUAUGAUUGUGUAUUUGUGUGUGAGAGAGUGUAUGUAUGAAUGUGUGUGUAUGUAUGUAUGAUUGUGUGUGUUUGUUUGCAUGAGUGUGUGUUUGUAUGAGUGUGUGUGUCAGAGUGUGCAUCUGUGUGUGUGUAUAUAUGUCAGUGUGUGUCUGUGUGUGCACAGACAUCUGUGUGUUAGGAUUUGCAUUUGUAUACAUAGGCAUGCGCACGGGGUGUGCCGGAGAGUGUGGCUCUUGCCAGCAGCUCCGACGUGUUCCUCUUGCGAGGUUGGAGCGUUGCCGUGGUUACUGCGGCAAUGCUCAGAUCUCGCGGGAGUGAACUCUAGCCCCACAGGGAGCUAGAGUUCAUUCUCCACUGGACCACCAGGGAAGGCACCAGCACAGUCCCCCCUCCCUACAUAAGGUAAGAAGGGAGGGGGGAUAUUAACUAAAUGGCCCCCACACAUUACACACACACGUACAUCACCCUUACACACACAGCACACACACACACACUAACAACACCCUUACACACACAGCACCCUCACACAUAGACGCACACACACCAACAGCACCCUCACACUAACAACACCCUUACACACACAGCACCCUCACACAUACACACACACAGCACACACUAACAGCACCCUCACACAUGCAGCACCCUUACACACACAGCACCCUCACACACACAGCACCCUUACACACACACAGCACACACUAACAAUACCCUUACACACACACACUAACAGCACCCUCACACUAACAACACCCUUACACACACAGCACCCUCACACAUACACACACACAGCACACACUAACAGCACCCUUACACACAGCACCUUCACACACACACUGCACCCUUACACAAAGCACACACUAACAGCACCCUUACACACACAGCACCCUUACACACACAGCACCCUCACACACACAGCACCCUCACACACGCAGCACCCUUACACACACAGCGCCUGCACACACAUUGCCUGCACACACAGCGCCUGCACACACACACAGCGCCUUCCCACACACAGCACCUUUACACACAGCACCUACACACACACACAGCACCCUCACACAUACAGCAGGGUGCACGCCCUUAUACAAUAGGCUGCGCAUGCCUAUGUCUGUAUAUGUGCAUCUAUGUGUCAUUUUGUGUGUUUUUAUGUCAGUGUGUGCAUCUGUAUCAUGGUGUGUGCAUGUAUCAAUAUUUGUGUGUGUGUCAGGGUGCAUGUGUGUGUAUAUGUUGGUAUAUGCAUGUGUUAAGGUAUGUGUCGGUCUGUAUCUAUGUAUGUGUAUGUGUCGCUGUCUGUAUGAAUUUGUGUGUAUGUACCUUUGUAAGUAUGUAAGUAUGUAUGUGGUACUGUAUGUGCAUACAUCCAAACAGUCAUACACCAGCACAACAUACUAAAAUACUCCUGCAAUCUACCUACAAACACACCCCUGCAUUCAAACUCCAAAAGGAUAUACAAACACACGGCGCAUUUAAAAGUGAACAUUACAUUCAGACACACCCCUGUAUGAAACACAAUACAUGUAUGCAAGCACCCCUUCAAACACCAACACUGUACGUUACACUAUAGCGCCAGUAAAUGCGGCAGCGCUGUACAGAUAUACAACCUAGAAAUUUUGACUUGGGACGCCUUGGAAAAAUACUGAAAUAUUAAGGGCGCUUUGAACCUAAAAAGUUUGUGAGCCACUGGUAUACACUAAACAUUAAGUAACAUUAAGUAAAAAUGUCAAUACAAUCUAAUUUCAAUCCAGGUUGUAACGCUACUUUAAGUGGAAGUGGGUGAAUAUUUAUGUACGGCGGUGUAAUAGCUGUAAUAUUUAUUUUUUCAGCUGUGUGCGGUAAAUGCACGUCCAGAACACUUUACAUAAUUAUCCAUCAAUCUCCCUCUACCUCACUUCCUAUGCUCAUGGGUGACUGCAUGUGUCAGAGAGUAUUGGUGAUGAGAGUGAAUGAGUAAAUAUGAGUGUGUCCAUUCCUCGAAUACAUGUAUGGACAUAUUUAGCUGCAGGAAUACUAAGGAAGCACUAUGGAGGACAUAGUUAACCAUUAUUAGAUUAUAUAUUGUUGUUUUGGUUGGUGGAAUUGUAGUGAACUCCAGGUAGCCCCACUGGUUACCUCUGCUAAUUCCCUUCCUUCAGCUGCUCAGGAACAUCUUAAAGUAUAAACAUACCCAUUUCCCCCAGUAACUGGACGAGACGAAGCUCUGGAGGUACAACUCUAACUGACUCUGUUUAUUUUGUCACACAUGGUUUUACAGACACAGACCUCUACAUGGGGUCCCCAACACAAUACACAAUACACAAUACACAAUCCCAAGAAUCUGAUAGGAGGAUAGACGAGGGACAAGGCCAGCCAGUUCAAACUGGACUGGCAGCGUCCCUGUGGCAACGCCCUGCUAGGACAGGAAAAGACAGGGGGAGGGGGAGAGGCACAGACAAGCAAUACAUUCCACUUUUAUACUUUACAGGGCUGCUGCUCCCCUCUCCCCCCCUUUGUUGAACCACAGUUGAAUAAAUAGGCACAUGUAAAACAGUCACAAAAAUGGUGCUGCAAACUUGUGGCCCGUGGCAAACAAAUCACACCAUCCAUUACAUAUCUCCACCCAUAGAAAUAGACAGCGGGCACAUGGGGAUAUGGCACUCAGUGACUGCAUUCCAUCACAGGAAUCUUCCCAGAGAAGUAGCUGCUUCCACUCAGUGUUCUCCCCCGCAGUUCCCCAGCUAACACCUAAUCUGAAACCAGGUUCUGAGCAAUGAGCAGUUACUUUGCCACCUUGAACCCAUUGCAGUAUUAUUGUGUUACCCAGGAUCCCAGCAGUGAGCCCCACACUGAGUGUUACACCAUCCAGCACAAAGCAAGUACACUGACAGAUAUCACCUGUUACCAUACCGCGGAAGCAGGACAGAGCGAGUGCUAUAAUACCCUUCAAUCCAAAUUACUAUAGACCAGCUUCCUCUCUGUCUUUACCCAUAAUACUGCAUUGGAGGAGGGUGUUGUUCGUAUAAACCAUUUAUAUGAUAGUGUGUCCACUAUUUGUGACACUGUGUGUUAGUGUGACUGUAUAUAUGUUUGUGUUUGUAUGUGUCUGUAUGUGAGUGUGUGUCAGUAAGCAAAAUUGGGCAGACUAGAUGGGUUCUUAUCUGCCGAAUGGUUCUUAUCUGCCGUCACAUUCUAUGUUUCUAUGUUCCUAAGCAGAGUAAACCCUUACCAUGCUAAGAGAGUCCAACCCUUUUCUAACAGUUUGACUGUUUUUGGCCUCAGUUUUACAUGUAUUUUGUCAGUGCUGUGUGUACUGUUUACAUUUCAAUGUAAAAUGUUCUCCGUGUUUCUCCAUGUUCUCCACAGGAAUAUUUCCACUCGUUGUUCUAACCCAUCAAACACACGGGAAUGUGGCCAAGGCCCAGAGCCUUUUCAGGGAUAUGGGGGUGGAACGGAUCUUUACAAUAGAGAAUUAUACCCCAGAGGAUCACAUAAAGACACGAGGAAGACAUGAAGAAGUCCUGAAUAUCUUAAAUGAGGUCAUUAAAGAUGUCAAAUUCCAAAUGAGAGAUCAGCAAAAUCCAGUGAUGAAACUGAGAGAGCGGAUGCAAUACAUGUUCAAAUAUGUCUGUGAACGUGAAUUAAGAAUAUGGGAAGAGGUAAAGGAAUUAGAGAAAGCGAUGCAGCUAAACCUGAUGGCCAUGACAUUGAAGAAAACCAGGACAGAAUCUGAAAUGGAACGAGAACAGGAUGAAAUAAGACACGAACAAGAAAAGAGACGCCUAAAAGAGGAAAUGGAAAAAGAAAAUGAGAAGGAAAGACAGUUACUGGAAAUGGAGAUGAAGAAACUUCAGGAGGAGCUGGAGAGGUUUGACCUGAAAUACAAGAAUAAAAAACCAAACAAACAAAAGAAAGAGCCGUGUGCGUUACAGUGA